CUCUUCAAGUUCUUGGUGAUCAGGAGCGCCACCACCAGCAAGUCCUACCUGCUGCAGCCCUUCAUCAAGAGCAAGUACAGGAUUUCCAAUUCCCAAACCUUCGCAGGAUGGAGGAGGAGGCUGUGAGGAAGAGGAAGGUGCCCCAGGACAGCCAGGCAGACAAGGAGCUGAGCAUGGAGACCAGGGAGGACAAAUCCCCACGGCAGAUCCUCGUGGAAGAGGCCAUUUUGAGUGGCUCCACGGUGCAGGAAUCCAAUGGGGAGGAAAAGUCCUGGCGAUCCCUGGUGAGAAGAGACUGCAAAAGCAGAUCACGAGGAUCUGAGGAGGAAAGAGCCACCCUGUGCCAGGAAGGCGGCCAGAGAUGGAGCCAGAGCUCAGACCUGGUGGUCCAUGAGCAGCUUCAUGAUGGGGAGAAGCCCCACAAGUGCUUUGGGUGUGCAAAGAGCUUCAGCUGGCGGUGCGACCUGCUUCGCCACCAGAGGAUUCACACAGACGAACGGCCCUACGAGUGUGGGGAAUGUGGGAAGAGCUUCAGGGAGAGCUCCCACCUGAUCAGUCACCAGAGGAUCCACACUGGGGAGAGGCCCCAUGAGUGUGGAGAAUGUGGGAAGAGGUUCAGGCACAGCUCCAGCCUGAUCUAUCACCAAAGGAUCCACACUGGGGAGAGGCCUUACGAGUGUGGGGAAUGUGGGAUGAGCUUCAGGAAGAGCUCCAGCCUGAUCCGCCACCAGAGGAUCCACACUGGGGAGAGGCCUUAUGAGUGUGGGGAAUGUGGGAAGAGCUUCAGACAGAGCUCCAGCCUAACCCAGCACCAGAAGAUCCACACUGGGGAACGGCCAUACAAGUGUGGGGAAUGUGGGAAGUGCUUCAGGCACCGUAGUUACCUGACGGUGCACCAAAGGAUCCACACUGGGGAGAGGCCCUACAAGUGUUCCGAGUGUGGGAUGGGGUUUCUGACCAGCUCCCAGCUCCUUGAACAUCAGCAGACACACACAGAGGAGAGGCCCUUCCGCUGCCCCGACUGCGGGAAGGGCUUCAAGCGCAACUCCACCCUCAUCAGCCACAGGCGCAUCCACACCGGGGAGAGGCCCCACGAGUGUGAUGUAUGUGGGAUGAGCUUCAUACAGAGCUGGGCCCUGAUCCGCCACCAGAGGACCCACACUGGGGAGAGGCCUUAUGAGUGUGAUAAAUGCAGCAAGAGGUUCCGCACGAGCUCCAAGCUCCUCGUGCACCAGCGGAUUCACACAGAGGAGAGGCCCUUCCGCUGCCCCGACUGCAGGGAAGGGCUUCACUCAGAACUCCACCCUCUCCACCCACCAGCGCAUCCACACUGGGGGAGGCCCCACGAGUGUCCCCAGUGUGGGAAGAGCUUUUCACGGAGGUCUCACAUGACCAGACACCAAUGGAGGCACCGGUAAGGGAAGCCCUGUGAGUGCCCCCAGUGCAGGAAGAGCUUCGUGCUCUGCUCCAACUCCAUCCCCCACUGGAGGUCCCACGUUGGGCAGAGCCCUGGUGUCACGAUCCGCUCGUACAAGCGGGAGUUGAGAUGGUUCAUUUACUGAUCUCAGAGUGCAAAACACAACACAGGGGGGAUUUCAGUAUUAAUCAAAACAAAUGCACCUUUUAUUGAUUGAUCACAACAAAUGCGAUAGAGGGAUUAAGAGAGGGAGAGAGAGAGAAAGCGAGAGAGGAAAGGGGGGAUAUAGCUACCAAAGGUGGAGAUGAAGUCCUCGUGGUCCGGGCGAUGGAUCCACCUGUCAUGUCGGGGAGGGUCUCUCAUAAUCUCUGGUUAACUCAGGGGUUUUUAUUAUGGUCCUUCAUUGUGGGGGGAAUAAGUAAUAAGUCUAUUGAAGCCACCAAGGGGGAACAGGUAGUCCAUGUUCUCAGCAGUAAGUGAGAGCCAUUGUCUUCUUGGUCCAAGGACCACACCUGCAGGCAAACAUCUCACUUUGGUUAAGUCAGCCCCACCCCCGUACUGGGGUUAUACGGGUCUCGUGUCUCAGUCCUUGGGAGGGGCUUCGUACAGAGGUCUCAAUCUCAGUCCUUGGGAGGGGGCUUCGAUCUCCGUCUGUCACAGUGGCUGUGAAGCAGAUGAGGGAUUUUCCGUGGGGGACCACCAAAGUUACCCCAGAAAGUUCACUUGGCCAAGAGGUGGGGAAAUUCAUAGGCUAUUGUCGUGAAGCAGGGAGCGUGAAGCGGGUGCAAUCUUCAGGCACAGAAACUGCCAUUACACUGCUCAAAGCCAGUGUACCGUGGCGUGGUGACACAGGAAAAUGCACCUGCAGACGAUUGGCAAGCAUCCACCUCGAGCAGGCCAGAACUGCAGUGGGGUCCUCGGGGUCCUCGCAGUGAUCGUGAGGCAAAUGAGGGGAACUUCAGAGCGACUCUUACAGAAGGGACCUUAAAGCCCACCCAGUGCCAGCCCUGCCGUGGCAGGGACACCUGCCACUGUCCCGGGGUGCUCCAAGCCCCGUCCAGCCGUGUCCAAAGGCAGCAGCCAGGCAGAAAUGCGCUCGCCUGGCUGGGGCUGUGAGCUCCUCAGACACCAGCAUGACGACAGAUGCCAUAGAAUUCCAUAGAAUUCCAUGUUUCCAAGGGAAACAGCCACAGAGAACCCCAGAAUCCUGGAGGAUUCCCUCUCCAGGGUGGGACGAUUCUGAAACUCUGAGGAUCCACCCAGUUGCCCACUUUCCUGACUUUGAAGCCCCUUCCCAAGCUCCUGUCCCUGUCCUCAGUGAAUUCUCCAGCCAGGAGGGGAUUGCCCUGCUCCAGAGCAGCUAUCCCGACAGGAAUGCCGAGGGAGCUGCCUGGGCACCCCUGGGAUGGGGCUGGGACCCCCAGAGACCCCAGCCCAGCAUAAUUGAGCCGCCCUAGAUGCACCUGUAACCAGUGCCAAAGGCUGAAAUUCCCCCAAAGCAUCACAAAGUUGCUGGAACCCUUUUCCCACGGCUGAUUUCUGCGGGUUUUCAUCCUUUUUUGUUUGCACCUGCACGGCUCUGCCAGCCCUCGCCUUGCCAAAGAAAUGCGAUUCUCAAAAAUGAUAACUGAGAGUGACCAGGACCGAGUUAAAAAAUAAAAGAAACAGGGCGAGAUGGUUUAUUUGGUGUC